AUGGAGAACUCUCCACGAAAGUCAACUAUCAACCAGGAUAUCAUCAAUCGAACGAGGAAAAGGUUUAAACGGCAGCGACAUCCAAAUGAUAGUGAGCAGGAGAUCGUUGAUCAAGAAGCAGAUUCCAUUGAGGGAAUAGGCGCACCGUCUUUCGCAGACAUGGUGAAAGGGGUUAACAUAUCUAAAGCAGGAGAUUGGGAGGAAUGGGCAAAUGCAGAUCCAACAAAUGUUAUGUCUUUUGGUGAGGCAGAUUCCGAUACAGAAACCAUGGGUGAAGGGGAUGACGAUUGCAUCACGUUUUCCAAAGAGGAGAAGGAGGCUAUGCGUAAGCCAUGGAGAAAUGCCCUUAUAGUGAAGUUGUUAGGGAAGGUUUUGGGGUUUUCUGCUUUGACAUCCAGAAUUAAUCAGUUGUGGAAAUUGGAAGGAGAUUACAAAGUCACAGACUUGGAGCAUGAUUAUUUUAUCAUCCGUUUCCAAAAGAAAGUUGAUUAUGAGCAUGUUUUGGAAGGAGGGCCAUGGAUCAUAGGCGGUCAUUACUUGACUGUAACUGAUGAAGACACGAGAGGAAAAUUUGCUCGGGUAUAUGUGGAAUUGGACCUUUCUAAGCCAUUGAAGCCGAGGUUGACGGUGGAGGGUCGGGAUGUUCUUAUCGAAUAUGAAGGUUUGUCACUUAUCUGUUUUGACUGUGGCAUUUUCGGUCAUCGGAAAAGUGAUUGUCCUCUGCAAAAGCCGAGUAGUUCUGAGAAGGAGGGAGAGCCACAACCUUCUAUGGUGCCAGAAACACAGGAGGAACCGAAAGAUCAAACCUAUGGGCCAUGGAUGAUGGUACAGCGGCGGAAGAGGAAUCCAGGAAAACCGGGAGCAGCGCAAGGCGUGAUUCAUGGAGGCAAAUCUGUCAUCCGUGAUUUUAGGAAUGGAUUUGAUUAUCAUAAAGGAGUUACCGCAGAUAAUUUGAAUGUGAAGAAAUCUGCUAACUUUAAGGGAAUUAUGGAGAAAAAUAAGGGAGACGCGCCUGUUAUUCCAAGUGCUGCAAAGCCAAUUUAUAAGGGGAAAAAGGUUGCUAAGGGUGUGGCUCAAAUGGGGGCGAAACCCAAUUUUAAUUUGGGUCAGAGUGUGUUUAAUUUACAAAACAAAGGCUUUGUUUUCAGUACUGAGGCUUCUUCAUCUGGGCCUAAGGUUGGGCUUAGCAAACCAAAAGCUCAUACAAAGCCAAUUCACUUGGUAAAUAAUGCUCAACAGAAGGGGCGUUGUUAUGUGGUGAAAGGGACGAUGGCAGAGAACUCGGCUGGCAAAGAAAAAUUGAGAUUUGUUUCUGGGAUGGAUAAGGAGCAGUAUUUGCAAUCUACAGACUUGGGUAGUCGGGAUACUCGUGACACCAGUAGUCCAAGUCCAACCCUUUCCGACCCAGGAAUAGUUGCUCGCCAAAGUAGUGAGAUUUCCUCAUCUAUGGAGGUUCAGUGCGAUGGGUCUAAUUCAGAUAAGCCUGUUAUGGUUAAUGGAAUUGGGGUUACAGAUGUCUCCAUGCAAGUUGAUGCUGUUCCAUCAGAAGGCAUGGCAGGGGGGAUUGCUUUGUUUUGGAACUCAAAUUCUUGUCAGUUGGAUAUAAUUGGUUCUACUACUCAAUUUGGAGAUUUUAAUGACUUUGCGGCCUUUAAUGAGAGAUGGAGUAUUCAAACUGGUAGUGGGGAUUCUUUUAAUAAGAUUACGAAAUUCAGAGAGCGUUGGGAGCCAUGUAAUUUAAUAGAUGCUAGUACUUCGGGAUGCCGUUUUACGUGGAUUAGAAGAGUUGGGGGUCGAGUGGUUCUUCAAGAAAAGUUGGAUAGAUUGCUUUGGAAUGCCGUAGCUCUCACUUGUAAUUCGAAUGCCAAGGUUUUAGUUCUCCCUUGUCUUUGCUCGGACCAUCAUCCGUUGUUUGUUGAUUUUCUUGGCACACAUCAUAAGUCCAAGAAUAGGCCUAUCCGUUUUGAGGCGGCCUGGCUGAUUCAUUCAGAGUUUGAUGAUAUGUUUUCUUUAGCUUGGGAGAAAGGCGAGGGUUCCUUACCGAAAGCAAUUGAUGAAGUGGCGAAGGCUGUUACUGUUUGGAAAUCUGAAGUGUUUGGGAAUAUUCAUAAAAAGAAACGAUUGUUGCUUGCAAGAAUUCGUGGUAUUCAAUGUUGUAAUGAGUAUGGUUUUUCGGAUUUCCUACAAAAGCUUGAAGUUCAAUUACGUGGUGAGUAUCAACAAAUUCUCAUGCAGGAAGAACUGUUGUGGUUUCAAAAGUCUAGGUUGAAUUGGGUGCAGCAGGGUGAACGAAACACAAAGUUUUUUCAUUUAACCACUAUGGCUUUGCUUUCUCCACUACGGAUUGAGGAGGUUAGAUUGGUAACUUUUUCAAUGAAAGGUCUAAAGGCUCCUGGAGUGGACGGGGUGCAACCUAUUUUCUAUCAGAAACAAUGGGAGACAGUGAAAGAAACAGUGUUCAAUUUUGUUGCUAUGGCCUUUGCUAAUCAACGGGUUGAUUUAAAUGUUUUGCAUGCUCACAUGGUUCUUAUACCGAAGGGAAAUUGCCCUACGACGGUAAAAGAUUUUCGUCCUAUUACUUUAUUGAAUACUUCAUAUAAGAUUUUAUCUAAAGUAAUAGUCAAUAGGUUGAGGCCUAUUCUGCAGCGUAUCAUUGGAGCCUUUCAAAACAGUUUUCUUGCGGGUAGAAGUACAACAGAUAAUAUCUUGAUUACACAAGAGAUUGUGCAUUCUCUUAUGGGUCGCAAAGGUAGUAAAGGGGUUGUGAUUGCAAAGAUUGAUCUUCAAAAGGCAUAUGAUAAUGUUUCCUGGAGCUUUCUCCGCGAGGUUUUGGUUUUCUAUGAUUUCCCUGCUGGUUUGAUUAAUUUGAUAAUGUAUUGUGUUUCAAAUAUUGAUUUGGCCAUAAUAUGGAAUGGGGAAGUGUUGCCAGCGUUUCAUCCUCAACAAGGUUUACGCCAAGGAGACCCAUUAUCGCCAUAUUUGUUUAUUUUGGUGAUGGAGCGGUUAUCUCAUAUGAUUUUAGAGAGAGUGGAGCAUAAAGUGUGGCAUCCAGUGAAGGCAUCAAGGUCUGGCCCCAUGGUGUCGCAUUUGUUCUUUGCGGAUGACUUGAUGUUAUUUGCUGAGGCUUCCGAAGAUCAGGUUAAUGUAAUUACCGAUGUCCUUGAUGAAUUUGCAAAGGCCUCGGGUUUACGAGUUAGCUUGGAGAAGUCUAAACUGUGGUUUUCGCCUAAUGUUCACCAACAAAAAGCAACUGUUUUAAGCAGGUUGUGUGGAAUUCCGUUGGCUCAAGAGCUUGGGACUUAUCUUGGAGUUCCUAUCAUCCAUGGUAAGGUUUCUAAAGCCACCUACCAACAUGUCGUUGAUAAGGUCCUUCGGAGAUUGGCCAAUUGGAAAGGAAUUUUUUAUGGGGUGGGGGAUGUGGAUAACUCUAGAGGACAUCUUGUGAAUUGGGAUCGUGUUUGUCGACCUAAAGGGAAUGGAGGCUUAGGCCUUCGUGAGGCAAGGAUUUCGAAUGUUGCUUUGUUGUCUAAGGUGGGUUGGAAAUUGCAAACAAGGCAGCAAUCACUUUGCUUAGAAAUUAUCCAGAAAAAAUAUCUAAAAGGGUCUCAGUUUCUUGAUGUGGAAACUCGGGGAAGGGCUUCCUCUACUUGGCGGGGUCUGUUGAGAACAAAAGAUUGUGUGCAGAGAGGUUCUCGAUGGUUAGUAGGUGAUGGCAAGUCUAUUAGCUUGUGGUACGAUUGGUGGGUUGGUGAUGGCCCUUUAAUUAAGGAGGUUCCACCUAGUACACAGGUUCCAUCGUUAUCUUGCAAGGUUGCCUCGAUCUUACAAGAUGAUGGUUCAUGGAAAUGUGAUGAUAUGAGUAGUCUUCUUUCGGGGUCAAAAAUUGCAGAAAUCCAAGCUACGCCGACUCCAAUACAUGCAAAAAAGGCAGAUCAAUGUAUUUGGGGAUGGGACAAACAUGGUCAAUUCACAGCUGCUUCAGCUUAUAAAGGCCUUGCGAACCAUUUUGUUGCGGACUAUUGGUCGGGGAAGUGUCUUUGGAUUUGGAAACUAGAGAUCAUAUACUUCGAUAUUGUCCUUUUGUUGAUGGCUUAUGGAGUUGUGUCUACCGACGUUGGAGUGCAUGUGACUUUUGAUGCUUCCUUGCCGGAUUGGUUGUAUCAAAAUGCAACUUCUAAUCAUAAGGUACGAUCAAAUUUUGUUUGGGGUUCAUUAUUUACAUCUAUCUUAUGGAGCGUUUGGAAGGCUCGCAAUAGACUUUUGUUUGAUGGUCACCGCCCAUGUGUGGAGUCAAUCUUAAAUUAUGCUGUUAAAUUGGCUGUCGAGUGUGCUGCAGCUAAUGGUUCUCUAGCGCCUACACCAUCAAAUGCUGGCCGCAUGAUUGUUUGGCGUCCCCCACCAGAUGGUGUUCUUUUGCUUAAUACUGAUGGCUCCAGUCGGUUAGUUGAUGGACAUGCUUCAGCUGGUGGAUUGAUUAAGGACUCAAAUGGAUUGUGGGUAGCAGGGUUUCUGUUGAACAUUGGUAUUACAGGAAGUCUAGAAGCAGAAUUAUGGGGUAUUAGACAAGGAUUGUUUUUGGCAAAGAUGCGUAAUGUGAGCAGAUUGAUUAUUGAGCUUGAUGCCAUGGUCGUCGUUCAGUUUCUCCGAAAUGGUGUUAUUGAUUCACAUCCAUGUCACACCCUCAUCAAUGAUUGUUUAGAGCUGAUCAAAGGUGACUGGAUUGUUGACAUUCGACAUAUCUGCCGAGAAGGUAAUCGCUGUGCUGAUCGACUUGCAGACUUGGCGCACACUUCGGCUCAGGGAGUUAGUUUUUAUGAAGACCCUCCGCUCCAAAUUCAGCAUCUUUUGAAUGAGGAUCGUGAGGGAAUAGGUGUUUUGCGUUCUUAA